AUGGCGGACGUCUCUAGCCACCUUCAAGUUUUUCAUCGUCAAUCCAAUGCCCAAGAACAAGAACCACUUGCAGAUGUACAGACCGUGGACCUUUACGGUUUUGACUUCGCUCCUCCUUCUCCUCCCAAUCGCUCUUUUUUUAUGCCAUCUCGUUCUGUUCUGCACAAUUUCAUCUCCAAUUCGGAAGACACCGAAUCUGAUUGUUCGGAUUCUGUCAAUGAUCCGAUCUUUUAUGCCGAAGAAGAGCAAAUGUAUUCUGUUGACUCUCACGAAGAUUACGCAUUAGAUGAUAUAGAUUCAGUUUCCGAACCAUUUUUGGGUCCUCCGGAUAAUUAUGCCUAUUGUGGGAAUUUCGGGUCCAGUCCCACUGAUCAUCUGGGCGGCGAGCUAGGGUUAGGAUUUGGGAUUGAAUUUGAUACGUUGGCUUUUGACUCUGACUCUGUAGGAUUUCCGACCAUUCGUGGGACAGAAUCCAGAAGGAACGGCCUACGCGUUGUGGGAAUGGAAUCAGAUUCUGAUUCAGAGGAAGUAGAGGUGAAUUCUGAGCCUCAUGAAGGUGGAAUUGAUCGGGAAGGUGAUUCAGAUUUGCCAAUAAAUUUCUGGGAUUGCCUUCUAUUCAAUGAUCAAAGGGAGUUCGAUGAAGAAUUGGAGUGGGAGGAAGUGAACGAAAGGGCUGAUGAGAGGGAAAGUUUGAGUUCAGUGAUUGAUCGAAUUAAUGAGAUAUCAGUUUCCAUUUCAUCCCAAAGUUCCACUUUUGGAGAAGGAGAAGAUGGUUCGGUUGAUGAUGGGGAAGAAGUGGUUCGGAAUUUGGAAUGGGAAGUUCUUUUGGCAGUCCAUAAUUUCGAGAGAAACCUUGAAUUUGAGAACCAUUGGGAUGGUGAUAUCCAUGAGGUUUCUCAUUUGGCUAUCGAUGAAGGUUAUAUAUACACACCUGAAUACGAUACCCUAUUCGGGCAAUUUGUAGAGGGUGGGAGUACAUUGAACGGUAGUCCUCCGGCUGCCAAAUCCAUUAUCGAAAAUCUUCCAUCGGUGGUGUUGACAAAGGAUGAUUUAAAGGAGGACAAUGUGGUUUGUGCUGUUUGUAAGGAUGAGAUUGUGGUGGAGGAGAGAGUGACAAGACUUCCCUGUUCUCACCAUUACCAUGGAUGCUGCAUUGUACCAUGGUUGAGUAUUCGUAGUACCUGCCCUGUUUGCAGGUAUGAGUUGCCUACAGAUGAUGCAGAUUAUGAGGAGAGGAAGAAUGAAAGGGGCGGUAGUCGUGGCGUGGUAGAUGAUUUGCAGGUCAGAUCCAAUUUUGAACUUGUACCUUGA